CGGAAGAACAAGAAAAUUCGUUUAGUCAGUUGUCGUCAUCCUUCGUGCCAAAACAACUUCUUUCUCGACCCUGCUAGAAAAUGGCUGGAACAGCUUUAAAAAGACUCAUGGCGGAAUGCAAACUUCAACAUAAUGAUAUGGAUACAGCUAGUUGUGUUCAACAUCUUCUUCCUUUGCAGAGCUAAACCUCAAUCCUCCAGAAGGCAUUGUAGCAGGGCCUGUAAACGAGGAGAACUUUUUUGAAUGGGAGGCUCUGAUUAUGGGACCAGAAGACACGUGUUUUGAGGGUGGUGUGUUCCCUGCCAUCCUCAGUUUCCCAUCAGACUACCCCCUCAGUCCCCCCAAGAUGAAGUUCACCUGUGACAUGUUCCAUCCUAACAUCUACCCAGAUGGACGUGUGUGUAUCUCAAUCCUGCAUGCUCCUGGUGAUGACCCCAUGGGCUAUGAGAGCAGCGCUGAGAGGUGGAGUCCUGUACAGAGCGUGGAGAAGAUCCUGCUGUCUGUUGUCAGCAUGCUCGCUGAGCCGAAUGACGAGAGUGGAGCAAAUGUGGACGCCUCUAAGAUGUGGCGUGACGACAGAGAGCAGUUCAAUCGGCUAGCCAAUCAGAUUGUGCGCAAAUCUCUGGGUCUCUGACUCUCCUGAAUACAGACACACACACACACUCUCUCACACUCCUGAACAAGGAGGAUUGACUGUUGAACAUCUAUGAGGAUACAAAUCCCUACAGAAGAGAAAAAUCUCUGUGCUGAGUGUUGUAGGGUACUACCCCCUUACCUCCAACAGUGUGAGAACUUUAUUCAUACUCUCUUCCCUCUGCCUUGAUUGGGUGGAUGAGUGGACAAAUUGCUUGUGUUGAAGAACAUUUUUAUACACUUACCAGACAGUGUUCCAGUAGAGAGUCAAGCAUCAAUCACAGAACAAGUACACAAGGCAGUGAUUCACAGGCAUUUUGCCCUGCCGGUUUGGUUUUAUUUCUGUUAUGCCUAUUACCUGUCCAUAGUUUGAGGUAACCAGUGGAAUGCAGCUUUAGUUUGAUGACAGUAUCCUGAUGCAUGCUUCAGAGCCUCCUAAUACAAUGCUUUGUAAUGAAAAUCAUACAAGGUAGUAACUUUACUCUAUCAGAUUUGUGUUUUAUAAACAGAUUAUAUGACUGAUCAUUUGGGAUGAUGAAAAAGAUUGUGUCUGUGGUUGCAAAUUAAAAAUGAGUUAUAAUUAAAAACAUUUAAUUACA